AUGUUCUAUCUAACCUGGCAAAAGUGCAUUCCUUCAAUAAUUUCUGAUAUUGAGAGAAUUUCCCAACUGUAUUCGCAACCUCCAACAAAUAGUAUCACAAUUCGACUCAUUGCUGCAGUCAUAGGCAGUUUCCAGAAUGAAGAAAAAAUUAGCAAUAAAAGAGUCGGCUCAAAACUGACCAAAGAGGGUUUACAGUUUCUGUUUAGAGGAUUUUCUUCUUGGAAAAAUGGUCCUAUAAUAAGGCGACCACCACAAGUCAACCGGAGAUGCCAAACAGAUUUUGUAACAGAAAGCCGGACCAAGAUUUGUCCAUUCACGCGCUCUUCGGACUGGGUUGUCUCCGCCAGCUUGAACUACGCGUGUGAUUCACGCACUUCUCCUCUGGAAACCGGUUUCUGGGGUUUUGUGGAUUGGGGAAAGAUGGUCGUUCUUAGGUUGGUGGCGGCAGCUAAAUUUCAGAUUCAAAAAUUUCAUUCACAUGCUCAUCCAAUUCCGGCAAGCUUUCUGAGAGAGGCCAAUCAAGUUGCGGAUGGACUUGCUAAGGAAUCAACAAAAUUGAUUCUGUGAGAUUUAUUUUGACACUAGUUUGUGAGAGUUUUAUCUUGUCAAAUCCUUGAUUAUUUUUCUCCCAUCUUUCCCUUCGUUUGUUCAAUCUUUCAUCUUGCACCUUCAA